AUGAAUAAGAAGGUGGAACAAUUUGUUAAUUCAUGCGAUGGCUGCGCUUUGUUUAUUGAUAAGAAGACCAAAGAGCCGAUCAAAUCACAUCGAGUCCCAGAAAAAUGUUGGGACACGGUCGCAGUCGAUCUAUUUGGGCCGAUGCCGUCAUCGAAACAUGUCGUCGUUGUACAAGACCUAGCAACGAGAUUCCCUGCAGCGAAAUUAGUCACAUCGACGAAAGCAGACAAAGUUCUACCCGCAUUAAAUGAAAUCUAUGAAACAUAUGGAUAUCCAGAGGUUCAAAUAUCGGAUAACGGUCCCCCGUUUAAUAGUUCUCGGAUGCAGAAGUUCGCAGCAGAUAAAUCCAUUGAGCUGCAGAACACACCUCCUCUUCAUCCCUCUUCGAACCCUGUUGAAACGUUUAUGAGACCUUUGGGCAAGGCGAUGAAGAUCGGGUAUCAGAAUGGAGUCCCAGAAAAAGAAACACUAAGAAGAGCAUUGAAUAAUUAUAGACAAACACCCCAUCCAGCAACUGGUCUUCCUCCGGCGGCCAUGCUCUUCAGAGACGGGCAACGUUCAGAUUUUCCAAGAAGAUAUGUGACCGAGGAAGAUGUUAGGAAAGCACGAGAAGAAGAUAGGAAUAGAAAAUCUGAUCUUGAAGAAGAUGUCAACGGCUCCAAAUAUAGGAAGAAAUCCAACUUUAAUAUUGGCGAAAAAGUUCUGGUUAGAAAUUACAACAAAGCGGCAAAAUUUGAUCCUGUUUUCCUCAAACAACCAUAUACGAUCGUUGACAUAAAUGAAGCAGGAAACAAGAUUAUCGUAGAGCAAGAGGAAAGCGGGUUAACGCUGUGCCGUCACCCAGACGAUAUUAAGCCGUUUAAAUUAUGUAAGCAGAAUGAUCAGGAAGCGCCAGAAGAAAUUAUGUGGGCAGAGAUGGAUGAGGAAGUUGAUGGAAAUAGCUAUUUCGAAAAGAACGAACUUGUACCUCCAUUAAGACGUAGUCAACGAAUAAGAAAACCAAAUCCAAAAUACAAAUAG